UCCGGUCGGGGAGGGCUCACCACUCCGUCGGCCCCCCGACCACCCCAACAUCGGGCGUAGCUUGUUUCAAGUACAAAGAGCUGCGGCUUUCAACUACAGAGAUAUCGGCGCUGCUGCGGGUGUUAUCGGUGCCAUGCAGCACCCUUUUUCUCAUUCAGUCUCAUUCUUGAAGUUCUAUCUGAAGCAUCUAUCAGCCGCAUUCUGCGGUACUCUCGUGCCAGGUGGCUGUAGAAGUACGCUCUUGCGAUAAUUUACGACAAUCCUCUCGAGAUUGAGACGCGAAACCCUGGGUGGUGUUAUUAUUACGCUUCAUUUUAAAUGCUACUUCGAGCACAAUACAGUGCUAAUUUUAAAAUUUAAAAUUAGCUGGCCGCGAAAUCAUAUCGAUUUUCUAAAAAUUGCGAUAGUUCCCCCCUCUAUUUUGAAGGGGAAAACGCGCGAAACUUCAGUCAUAGCGGGCGGCGCAUCGGCUACACCUGCGGACAAAAUUUUUGGUUAGCAGACCAGAAUCUCAACUGCAGCAAAUCGUCUCAACGUUGAGCCAGAAGGUAGCCAACGUUGGGAAAAGUGUCUCAACUACUCAACUUAAUAGAAGUAGAAGUAGAAGUAGUUCAAGCGUACAAGUAGAAGUAGAAGUGGGUGAGGCUAGAUCGAUCUAGAAGGAGUCGUGGUAGAGAAACUGCAGCAGAAGGGAAAGCACAGUGACAAGCAGGCAGAAGAUGGAAAGAGGGCAGCGCCG